UCCGAAUCACCAAUGACUUUUUUGUGGUAAAGGUUUAUGGCAAGGUUUUGUACGCAUUUGCAUCCGGCCAGGUUGGUACAAAUCUCUUGGAUGACACCUCUGCAUAUUCUUGCACCUGCAUACAGUUGUAUAGACCAGAGAUAUCAGGUGGUAGUACGGGGACGGUCUGCGCACUGUAUUAUACCUAUUCACUAGCACGUGGAUGAGAAAAAAGGCAGUACCGUAUUGUUCCAGAGGUUCGACUAGCCACCCAAGUCUUUCUUGGUCCCACUUGGGAUCCAGAGUAGCGUCCUUAACGUCCAUUCCCACGCCGCCCCAGCUUCACUGGAAACUCCGGCACUAGUGAGAGAUAUCGAUACCCUACCCCCACGAGCACGCAGAUCACGAGCGGUGUUGUGUUGUUUACUGGGCGUGUCGGUCGGAGUUCCUCAAUUUUUCACGAGAAUUUUCCCAGUGUCUAAGAUGGAGGAGCUAACGGAGCAGAUAGCAGGUGAAAUCGGGCCGAAAUGGGUGCAGCUAUUGUUCAGGUUACGACUGGACUAUAGGGAGCGCUACAAACUCUGCGCGAAGCACAAAGACGUGGAGAAAAAUGAACAAGAAGCCAACUGCACCCGAGACACGAUUAGGUUAUGGCAGAAUGGGCUUGGAUCGGAUGUCCCUGAGAUGGAAGUCAUGACUCAACUUCUAGCAGCAUUCAAGACAGUAAAAGGGUUUGACGAGAGAGCAGGAGAGUUGGCAAAGAGUCGUGGAAUAUCCCUGACUGUGCCACAACCACCCACUACUUCAUCCCAUGAGCCCACUGCUAGUACCAGUGCAGAGGGUCACCCACUGAAACACUCCCCAUCACAACUCGCUCAUCACACCACAGUUGACACAGGGAGCACCCUUCCAGCAUUCUCACCAGACACUCCUAGUCCUAGCUCAACAGUCGAGGCACACACUGAUGCGAAUACUGAAGAAGGAGGUAGUGAUGCAGAAUUGUCAAACUUACUGCCUUCUCAUCGCCCUUCCGCUAUCACCGCUGCAAUGCAGCAAGAGCAGCAAGUCCCAAAAUUUGGAUCCCGCAGCAGUGAGUAUGUGUACGUACCUAUUCAUCCUGUUUUCUCAUUCUUGGAAGUUCAAAGGCCCCACUCUUAGCUCGACAUCAUCCACUGAACGAUCGGAUGACCAUCACCUUCUGAACUCCAUAAUAGACAUGUCUUUCAUCAAGCAUAAGUAUGCCAUACUAGAUGUCUGUCAGAGAUUGCCUCCCAGUGUCUCUGUAAUGAAUGACUUUGCUCAGAGGCUAAACGUUCCCCUGGAUAGAGUUAGACAGAUUACAAAUGACUCAACAAUGCAGGAGGAGAGAUAUUACCAGAUGUUAAAGUUCUGGCUGGGGGAAGGAGGAGGGGGUGAGAGUAAGAGGACUUUUAUGGAGCUGAGAGAUGCCCUGGUGUCCUGCCAGCAACUGACGGCUAGCGACAUAAUCCUCAGGCGACUGCAGUCCCCUGGACUUACUCUUCGAUCACCACAAGUCCAGCGGAACAGUCCACAGCUAGUUCUAUAGCUGAUGAAAUUUGUUUGUUUGUCUUGGCGGCUAUUAGAUAUAUAGUGCGGAUGUGCGGGCUUUUCCCUGGGGUUCUCCCUAUUAACUAUAGCCCAAGAAUUACGUAAGCGCU